AACAGACUGGGGCAUCAUCUGCUCGAUAUGAUUAUGACAACAAUAUAUUGAGUUUCCCCAAGGCUGACAGAUGAGAUUUAUCUGUGUAUUACUCUUCUGUUUAGGAGAUUGUAUAGCAUUCGGCAUUUCCAGUAUAUCAGUGGAUAAAAUAUGUGAGGGUAACCCCACACUGACUCUACCCCACGACGACGAGUGCCAGCUCUACUAUGACUGUUCGGCUUUGGACCCACCCAGUUUCUCUCCUAAUACAAAAUACAUCAGGGAGUGUAAAUACCCACAGCUCUUCUCCACAAAGUCGCUCAAGUGCGAGGACUUUGACAGUGUUGUCUGCGGGCCUAGGACAGAGUUUAAACAAAAAUGCGACUACCGUGCGGAGCAGUGUAACGGGCCGAAUUGUAUUAAUUGUCUAAUGGAGAACCCGAGCUGUGAGGGGUACGGGGACGGCGAGAACCACCACAGCAGUAAGCCGGGUUCACCCUGGAGGAUGGAGUGUUACAAGGGACGGCUGAUCGGCACCUUCCUCGCCGACCUCAACCAAGACUGAGGCACUGGGGAAGGAAACCGUGGGGAGGGGGGAGUGCUUCAUGAUUAUUCAUGCAUUGUCUUAUUGUUUCAAAAUUGUCUUAUUUUAUUAUGCAAAGGAUGAUUAAAGACAGAAGAUCUUACGUUUUUUCUUAGUUGAUGUUUAGAAUUGCACAAUUGUUUGGGUUACGUGUUUCAUCCAUUUCUAAAUAACAAAAAAAUAAAGCAUUUUAGCGCUUUUUUGACCGAAUUACAUGUAACAUGCAACUCUCAUAUGCUUGGAAAAUAAA